AUGAUCUCAGCCUUGGAUUUAACGACCAAACCGACCAAUAGAUCCAUUAUCACAGUCAACAAUAGCGUCAGACUGGGAACCGAUGCCCACACCGUGGAGGUCGGUGUCAAUACAGCGCCGAUUGAAGAACAAGUGGUUACCGCUGAAGAUAAGGAUGCGAUCAUCGAUGGGUUGAAAGAGAAGCUGAAACAACAGAAAGCUCGUCACCAAAGAGUCCGUCACGCGUUCGACGGCAUUAAGAGCCGCCGCCAGAGGGAGAUCCAGAGGAAUGACGCUCUCGUGAGAGAGAAUAAUGCCAUUAAGGAGAAACUCGAGGAAUAUCGGCAGAAACUAAUCCGACACGAGUCGCACCUGCGAUACGAGUCCAGUGGACCGCUUGUAUGUCAGAUGCCGUCCAGAGUAGAGCAACAGUUGUUCACAUGCAGGCAAGAGGUGGACCAAUUGGAACGAAAAUUGGCGGCCGAGCGGCAGAAGUCAGCGAAGAUCAAUAGAGAGCGGAUGAUCGCUAAACAGGAAGCGUCAGAAAAGGCCCGCAAUUACCCAUUGGUCACCCGAGACAAUGACUCUUUGCCUCAGCUGUACGUCAAUCCAGUCAACCAAAGAGUAGAUCGCUCUUCAGAACCGUUGAUCUUUCUAAGAGGAGCGCCCACACUCACUCUUCGCACUCACACUCUCUUCGCCAGUAAAUUGUGCGCAAAAAUGGGCGUAAAGUUUGGUCACAAAUGUGCGGCAACUCUGCAGACGGCAACCAUCGGGAGUCCGAUCGGCAAAAUAGUGGUCACCGUUUGCGCCGACGGUUUGCAUCGAUUGACCACCGCUUGUGAGCAGCCGUUUGCGGCCAACACUGACGUCAAAGUAGUCCUCUUAGAGGACUCGCCCGACGCCGUCAACAGCGCACACUUCGCCGCUUGUGUCCAGUGGUUGGCCGACUAUUUUGGUGGCCGUAAGCAAACAGUGGCCGACAAUACCGUUCAGUUUUGUCCAUCAGUUUCCAAUUCCGAGUUUUACCGCAAAGUGUGGUCAACACUGAAGGAUGAGAUCAGAUUCGGUCAAACGACGAGUUACGGGGAGUUGGCGUCGAUGGCGGGUAACCCGCGUGCGAGCCGUGCGGUGGGCUCAGCGAUGCGCUCCAAUCCCUUCCUAUUACUGGUUCCGUGUCAUCGCGUCCUCAAUAAAGACGGUUCGGUCGGCAACUUCUCGGGCACCGGAGGGCCGGCUCUCAAACAGUGGCUCCUCUCCCAUGAGAGCCACUAUUUGGCCGACCAUUGAAUUACUGAUUGAGAUGUCAUUUACUACUCAAUUAUGUCUGAAUUACAUGUAA